GAAAAAAAAACACAAAGGAGGUUUUGAGAAACCAGCUGUUUUUGUCCUCAACAAAGUGCUUGAAAUUUUGUGGAAAAUCAGUAUGGAUCUAAAUUGAAUAGUGUCAUUUCAUCUCAGAACAAGUGACAUUUUACGAACUGCAUGUGCUAUUUAGUUUUUUUUUUAAAUUCGUGUUUGUGGUAAAAUAAUCGAUUUGGACUUGGUGAAACAUCACUUGCGAUACAUGGACUAGGUACGGUUUUUGUUGUAUUACGUCUUAUUUGUAGAACUUGAAAUGUGUGUAAAUUAGGCCAACUUUUGUUUUUCUCUUAUAGGAUAUUGUCCACAAUCUCAUUGUAACGAUAGCUCGGCAGUGAGUGUCAGUGUCGUUUACUAGGAGCGCAACAAGUGCGACGUUGAGACUGGUGCGUGAAGUGCUGAUGUGUUUGUGAGGUGUGGAUGCGGAACCAGCAGUAUAGCGCUCGCCCUGGCAUGGUGCCGGGCAGGUAGCGCGCGCGGGCGGCCUGCGCAGGCCCCACACAAGCAGCCGCGUGUGUUCCCCAGCGUCGUCUAUGGCCGAGCAACACAUCACACCGUCGUCGCACUCUGCACUCACGAGAGAGUCCAGCGGGUCUUCUCCUAGCAGGGUGGUGGGCGGUCGGUGGUUGCGGAAGGUGCGUCGCGCUAGCCACAACCGGCGGAACAGACGAACCGCGACCUCGCCCCUGCCGCGCUCCACCAGCCGACACUCCGGCAGCCGCCGCUCCGACGCAGAGCCGGCGCACGUCGAGUUGCGAAGAAGCUCGCGCCUCAUCAGCUCGCUACCGAGGUCCGACUACUCUAUCACUGAACGCUGGUCAUACGGCGCAGACGUAUACGAAACGCGCUGCGACACUACCGACUUCAAAAGUGGAGAUAUCAAUAAAUCCUCCACCAGUCUAAUAUAUCCCAAACGCGGACGAACUUCCUCGCAUGACAGGAAGAGACGCAAAAGUCAUUCCACGUCUAACAAUAGUACAGAAGAGUGCGUUGCUUACUGCACACGCUCACGGACUGCUCUCAAGUUCACGGAGAGUGCUUGUGAGCAACAAAAUAAUAGUGUAACAUUAUCGAAUUUGCCGAUCACCCCAGAAGCUACGCCUAACACUACACAAUCUCUGUUGAAUCAAUCCGAAGGUCUUCUGCCAUUGGAAGACAGGGAUUUUGCAUAUUCGCCGUUUAGUUCAUCAACGGUUACAGAGUUACUAGACUCUGAUUAUUCAGUCUACAGUCCUUCAUCAAAUAGAAGAAAAGGGAAGAAGAGGAAGCGGUCAACUCAUCGCUCCUUGUCACAUAGGAAGCUAAUAAGUAUAGAGGAGUGCCCCAAGAAGUUUAAAAUAGAUCCAUAUAGCAAAGAGGUAGCAGAAGCAAGUAAGGAAUUUGGGGAGAGCAAAGUACCAAAUACAGAGAGUGAAAGACUCGAUCAGCCAUCCUGCACAUAUCGGCUAAGAAACCGAAAUCAUCGCGACUUUGGCUCGCCUACCUCAACUGUUAUCAGCAGUGAUAAUACAGCGAGCCCGUCCACGAGCGACGUGUGCUAUAGCCACACAACACCGGAUCGCAAAAGCCGCGCGGACAGUAGCGGAAGAACUGCCACUCCGCCUCCAUUUAAGGAUACUGAAGAUCCAAGCUCAUCAAAAGGGCACAGUUCCAGCAAGCUUCUUAUCGUACCGAGAGAUCUACCAUAUUUACGUCAAACUAACGCGCGGAGGAGUAUCGCAGCUGCGACGGGUGCUACUCUGGGAGCUUGCCUGACGAGAGGUGCCAGCACUUCACAGCGGCACAGGCAGGAUACAAGCACCAAGAGACAGUCGGCUAGCACCGAGAGCGCGGCAAGCGGCGCGGUGGGCGGGCGGCGGGCGCGGACCCGCGACAUGCCGCAGCCGGCCACCAACAGACGAGACAAACGAGGUAAAAGCAGCCUGGGUUCGUGUGCAAGCACUGGUGGUGCGUCCAGCCGGUCACACCCCCAGCCCCUAACCACGGGUGCUGUAGCAUCCACAUCGUCCACACCGCCGGCGUCGGCGUCCGCUUCGAUGCCUGACAACGCUUCUUCAGAGGCCAAGGCCAAGACCAAAGCGUCUUCGUCAGUGGAAGAAUGCGGGCACGGCGGUGUGUCGGGGGCGGGCGUGGCGGGGAGCGGGGCGGGCUCCUCCGCGGCGGCCGAGGAGUCCUCCUCCGAAGAGGGGGAGGUGGGCCGUCUCCAGGCGCUGCUUGAGGCCCGCGGUCUCCCGCCACACUUGCUGGGCGCCCUGGGACCUCGCAUGCAGCAUCUGCUGCAUAGGACCGUCACCGCCAACUCGGCGGCAUCGAAAGCUGCCCAGCUCCUGGCCGGCCUGCAAGCCACCGGCGAUGAAGGGCAGCAGCUGCAAGCCGUCAUAGAGAUGUGUCAGCUUCUCGUGAUGGGCAACGAAGACACGCUGGCUGGCUUUCCCGUGCGGCAGGUGGUGCCAGCGCUCGUCAACCUGCUGGCUGCUGAGCACAACUUCGAUAUGAUGAAUCACGCCUGUCGGGCGCUCACAUACAUGCUCGAAGCCUUGCCUCGCAGCAGCGGGGCCGUAGUGUUGGCAGUUCCCGCCUUUCUGGACAAGCUGCAAGCCAUCACGUGCAUGGACGUCGCCGAGCAGAGCCUCACUGCGCUCGAUAUGCUGUCCCGAAGGCACUCCAAGGCUAUACUGCAAGCGCGUGGUGUAUCUGCGUGCCUCACAUACCUGGAUUUCUUCUCGAUCAACGCUCAGCGCGCUGCGCUAUCGAUCACUGCCAACUGCUGUCAGAACCUGACGCCCGACGAGUUUCAUCUCGUCAGGGAUUCUCUGCAGCUUCUCGCUAACAGACUGACCCAACAAGACAAGAAAUCAGUGGAGUGCGUUUGCCUGGCGUUCUCUCGCCUCGUGGACAGCUUCCAACAUGAUCCAGCGCGUCUACAAGAGAUUGCCACACCGGAACUACUCACUAAUUUGCAGCAACUGCUGGUGGUGCAGCCGCCGUUGAUCUCCGGCCAGACGUUCAUCACGGUGCUGCGGCUGCUGUGGGUGAUGUGCAGCGCUUGCCCGCAACUGGCGCUCAAGCUGCACCAGCGCUCCAUCGCCGACACGCUGCUGUGUCUGCUCACCGGCUCCACGCUGCAGCAGGAGCAAGUGGAACUGCUUCCUCGUCUGCCACAAGAAUUAUACGAAAUCACGUGUCUGAUUGGAGAGCUAAUGCCUCGUCUGCCGACGGAUGGCAUCUUCACGGUGGACGCCCAUCUCGACCGCCCGUGGUCUGCAGCCAACGACCGUACUGCGCAUUGGCAGUGGCGGGACGAUAGAGGCACAUGGCGAUCAUACUCUUGGGCCGAGAGCCGUGCUAUCGAAGCCGGGGCCGCCGCUGGCGAAGAGGAAGUGUGUCUCAGCACCUUGGGGCGAUCUUACACCGUGGACCUGACUGCCAUGCAGCAGCUCAACGACCACACGGGCACCGCGCGCCCGGUGCAGAGAGUCGCGCCGGCGCCCACGCCCUCGGACGCGCAGCCAGCUGCCGCAGCCGCUCAUCCAGACCCCCGCAUUGGAAUGGUGCGAUGCAACCCAUCUUUGGUGCGGGCACUGCUCGCGGUGCUGCACGAGGUGUACUGGUCGUCAGCCGGGCCGGCGGUUCGCUCGCAAGCGCUCAAAGCUAUACUGCGAUGCGUUUACUACGCGGACGCCGCGCUACUCAGACAAGUGCUCAAGAUGCAGGUGAUAUCAUCGCACAUCGCCGGUAUGAUGGCCUCCAGCGACCUCCGCAUCGUGGUGGGUUCCCUGCAGCUGGCGGAGAUCCUCAUGCAGCGGUUACCGGAGGAAAUGAGCGUGCAGUUCCGGCGCGAAGGCGUGCUGCAUCAAGUGGCGCAACUGUGUGAGCGGGCGCCCACCACGCAACAGACGCCGAGGCAGACCAAACUCAAGAGUCCCAGCGCCGGCAGCGUUCGCUCCAGCGGCGGUUCUUCCCCGCCGGCGUCCACAUCGGCCACUUCCAUAGAGCAACACAACUUGUCUCUGGCUUUCUCCGCGUCGGGCUCAUUCGUCACUGGCGCUCUUCCAACUUCAGCUAGUGAUGUAAGCGAACCCGGGCCGGCGUCGUCUUCCGGACAUGCUCAGACUUCAGUCCACAGAUCUGGCAGCCCCCUCCAAUUGGCCGAGAUGUUGAAGCGCAAACGCGACGUGAAGCGAUCGGGCGGCCGGCACGGGCGUCGCCGAGACGAGCCGCCGGCGCACGCGCCGCAGCCGCCGCACAGCGACCUGCCGCACGGUUCGGGAGCACCGUCCGCCGCCCGUUCUACGAGCCGCGUAGGCGGAGCGUCCAAGACGUCCAUGUUCCUCUCGUCGCUGAACCCGUCCCGCUGGGGCCGCUCGCCACACGCGCAAAAGGAGGUCGCCUCGCCUCACACGCACUGCCCCAACCUCACUGUACAGAACAAAGAAAAAGUCCGCGAAUGGAUCCAAUGGAGCGCAGCGCGCCUGCAGCGCAAGUGGGGCGCACUCGGCGGGGGCGCGGGCGCAUUAGAGCAGCUGGCGGCGCUGGCGGCCGCGCUGCCGCACCCGCCGCACCAGCGCGCGGCGCUCGAGCAGCUGCGCGACACGCUGCUGCAGCACGACGUGUCGCCAUUCGAGGUGAACCACUCCGGCGUACUUGGAGCCCUGUUACAGUUCCUGACAGGUGCGGACCCGUCGUCGGAGGCCGAGCCGGCGCCGGAGCCCGACACGGCGGAGACGGUGGCCUCGUGCGAAGAGCGCCUCAGGCUGUUCCUGCACGUGUUCGCUGACAUGCCCGUGGCUGCCAGCAGCAGCUCCUGGAGUUCCGAGACUGAAAUGGUACCGAUGGGCAACAACGCGGCCCUCGCAGCUCUCGUGGCGAAGGUGAACGCGUGCGUGUCGCACCUGGAGCAGUUCCCGGUGCGCGUGCACGACCUGCCCGCCAGGCCCGCCACCUCCGCGCUCAAGUUCUUCAACACGCACCAGCUUAUGUGUGAUCUCAAACGUCAUCCGACGUGCACCAAUCUCAAGCAAUGGAAAGGCGGUGUCGUUCGGAUAGACCCCCUAGCUUUAGUUCAGGCCAUUGAAAGGUACCUAUCUCAACGCGGCUAUGCAAGCGCCCGCUCUACGUCGGCCGGCGCCGGCGCAGCGCACUCUGACGACGACGCCGCCUCCGACGACGACGUCGACGACGAUGCCACUCCGCACCACCACCAUACCACUGAUUCGGAACAUAAACUGGAAUUUUUGAUCGGCGACACGCUGUUACCGUAUAACAUGACCGUUUAUCAGGCGGUACGACAAUACGGCGAGCAGACCGACGCUGACACUGACACGGAAACACCACUGGCAAACGCGGGCAUCUGGGUGCAAACUCACACGAUCUACUACCGCGCGGUGGAGAGCGGAGAACCGCCGCGCACCGACGCGGCUGCGGCUCGCAAGGGCAAGGGGCAGCCCACCAAGCUGUCUUCAAGGCGGAAGCCGGACCUCUUGUGGAACGAGGGCGCCGUGCCCGCGGGCGAGUCCCCGCUGGUGGUGAUCCUGCGCUCGCCGCUGGUGGCGGGCGGCGAGGUGAAGGACGCGGCGCUGCCGGCGCUGGGCGUGCUGCGCGCGCUGCACGCGCUGAGCCGCCACUGGCCCUCGCUGUACCGCGCCGCCUGCCUGCCCGACCACCGCCCGCUCGUGCCCAACGCGGACUUCAUCAACGCUAAGCUUGCUGCCAAAGCAAACAGACAACUGCAAGAUCCACUUGUAAUCAUGACAGGCAAUCUACCUCCGUGGCUCAAAAAGAUCGCUUAUGCUUGCCCGUUCGUGUUCCCAUUCGAGUGCCGCCACCUGUUGUUCUACGUGGUGUCGUUCGACCGCGACCGCGCCUUGCAGAGGCUGCUAGAGGCGGGCGGCGAGCGCGGCGCCGCCAACGCGACCGGCAACGACGCCGAGCGCGUGGCGCCGCGCCUGGACCGGCGCAAGCGCACCGUGCAGCGGCACAACGUGCUGCGCCAGGCCGAACACGUCAUGCACGAGUUCGCACACUCCAAAGCGCUCCUAGAAAUACAAUACGAGAACGAAGUCGGAACGGGCUUGGGACCCACGUUGGAGUUCUACGCGCUAGUGUCGCAAGAGUUGCAGCGCGCGGAUCUGGAUCUGUGGCACGGCAGCGAGAACUUCAAGCAGAAGCCGACGUCGUUCGGCGGCGAGAUCGUGAAGAGCCAGCCGCCCGUGGUGACGGACCGCUCGCCCGACGCGGCCGCCAGGCUCGCAUCCUCGGUGCGGGACGCGCUCACUUUGGAUGAAGAGCGGUCCCCUGAACCUUCGGAACUCGAAAAGGAGACGUCUAUCCCGUCUCCGGCGCCAGACGCCACCUACGUAUCGUGGCCUUGCGGACUGUUCCCGCAGGCUAUCGGCCGGAACGCGCGCGCUUCGCACCUCUCCCGGGUCAAGGCCAAGUUCCGCUUCCUUGGCAAGUUCAUGGCCAAGGCUGUCAUGGACUCUAGGAUGGUGGACAUCCCGCUGUCGGUGGCCAUGUACCGCUGGGCGGUGUGCGAGCAGCGCUGGCUGUCGCUGAGCGACGUGCGGCACGUGGCGCCCGAGCUGUGGCGCUCGCUGUGCCGGCUGCGGCGCGUGGCCGAGCGCGCGCGCCACAUCGCCGCCGACGAGCGCCACACGCCCGAACAGCGGAACCACAUGAUCAGCGCACUGGAGCUAGACGGCUGCCCGAUCGAGGAGUUGGGGCUGGACUUCAUCCUCCCGGGCGACGGCUGCACGGAGCUGCGGCGCGGCGGCCGCGACACGCCCGUCACCGCGCACAACCUGCACGACUACAUCGCGCUCGUCACGCAUUGGCUGCUGUACGAGGGUGUUGCAAAACAAAUGUCUGCAUUCAAAGAAGGAUUUGAAUCAGUAUUUCCAUUGGCCAAUCUAAAGAUAUUCUACCCCGAAGAAUUGGAACAAGUUUUCUGUGGAAGCCCAUCCGGCGGCCGCGAAUCCCGCUGGGACCCGCGCAUGCUGGCGGAGUGCAUCCGGCCCGACCACGGCUACACGGCCGCCUCGCGCGCCAUCCACAUGCUCAUCGACAUCCUCGCCUCCUACACGCGCGACGAGCAGCGCCUCUUCUUGCAGUUCGUCACGGGCAGCCCCCGCCUGCCCACUGGAGGUUUCAAAGCGCUGAAUCCGCCACUGACGGUGGUGCGCAAGUCGCUCGAGUCUUCACUGGACCCCGACGAGUACCUGCCGUCGGUGAUGACGUGCGUCAACUACCUCAAGUUGCCCGACUACAGCAGCGCCGAGGUGAUGCGCGCCAAGCUGCGCCUGGCCGCCUCCGAGGGCCAGCACUCGUUCCACCUCUCGUGAAUUACCUCAUACAUACUGUGAAUUGUCCACGCGGUUAGUGAUAUCUGUAAUGUGUGUUAACGUCGCGGACUACCGUUUUGUGCAAUCAAACUGUUUAUUUACUAAGUGAUGGACACUUACGAGUGCAGUUUAAAAUUUUGUUUUCUUUGGAUUUGGAAUACAUAAAUAUGUUUAUAGCUAUAUUUUGUGUUAAUUUAAUGUGAUAGCUUUGUAUAUUUCUUUAUUGAUUUAGAGUGACUCUCGAUGGGAGGCUGUCGUCAUUUCCUACCGGCGGUACCUAACCUCACUUGAUGCCCGCAAUCCGCGCACACUGUAUACACAUCUCUUAAUAGUCACCUUAAUAUUCUAAAGUACUAUAAUUAAUAUUAGUUUUCGGGAGUCCACUACGAAUCUUCUAUGAGAGUCUUAUAAAUAUAAUAGCAUUUAUUACCAAACGGUGUAUGUUUUGAGUAACAUUUAAGUAUCAUUAAUGAGUAAAGAAAAAGUGCAAAAUUUAAUAUGUAACAAUUUCAAUAAAACCAUGUAAACAAUAUUGAUCAA